ACAUGUCUUACCUCUACAGCCAUUGUGGUUGUCCGGUGACUUCACCACUCACGCCUACAUUGGCCACCACCUGUGGUGGCAGCGCCUACGUGCUCUUCAUGGGCCUGCUUGAGGUCUUCCUCCGCUCGCAAUGCGAUAUCGAGGAUCCCUGUGGACGUGCCACACCCAGGUUCCGAUCGGAGCCCGAUAGUGAGUAUGAUUUUGUUGUGAUUGGUGGCGGAACUGCUGGUUCGGCUGCUGCUGCGCGUCUCUCCGAAGUAUUGGAUUGGAAAGUUUUGCUCGUCGAAGCGGGUGAUGAUGAACCAGUUGGCUCCCAAGUACCAUCAAUUUCCUUAAAUUAUCUUGGCAGUGCCAUCGACUACAACUACAAAACUCAACCGGAGAAGGUAGCAUGCCUGGCAAAUACGAAUCAACAGUGCUCUUGGCCGCGUGGCAAAGUAUUGGGUGGCACAUCGGUGGUGAAUGGUAUGAUGUACAAUCGCGGCAAUCGUGAGGACUAUGACUAUUGGGCAUCCUUGGGUAAUACCGGUUGGUCGUACGACGAAAUAUUGCCAUACUAUAAGAAAUCCGAAAAUAAUUUGCAAAUUACUGAGGUUGAUAGCGAUUUGCAUGCCAUUGGUGGACCGCUUCCUGUUUCACAUUUCCCCUACAAUCCACCAUUGUCUUAUGCAAUCUUAAGGGGUGGUGAGCAAUUGGGUUAUGGCGUACAUGAUUUGAAUGGCUACAACGCCACCGGUUUCAUGAAAGGACAGAUGGCAUCACAUAAUGGCAUACGUUUUAGUGCUGCACGCGCAUUCUUGCGUCCCGCACGCCACCGUGAGAAUCUUCAUAUUCUACUUAACACCACUGCUUCCAGAGUGCUCUUCCAAACGAACAGUACAAUCGUUAAUGGUGUUGAAUUGAUCGAUAGGAAUAACAAUACUAUCACAGUGUCUGUGAAGAAAGAGGUGGUCGUCAGCGCUGGCGCUUUGGACUCACCAAAAGUACUUUUGCUUAGCGGCAUUGGACCAGCUGACGAACUAAGUGAAGUCAAUGUAACUGUCGUACACGAUCUGCCCGGUGUUGGCAAAAAUCUACACAAUCACGUCUCGUUCUUUUUGACCUUCACCCUUAACGAAACAAACACAAACGUUCUAAAUUGGGCAAGCGCCACAGAAUAUCUGCUCUUCCGCAAUGGUCUACUUUCUGGCACUGGUAUUGGUGAUAUGACCGCUAAAAUAAGCACGAAAUACGCGGAUCCAUCGAGGGGACCCGAUGUACAAUACUUCUUCGCUGGCUACUCGGCUAGUUGUGCCACUACCGGUGAAGUUGGCGCGCUGCUAUCCAGCGGCAAUCGCUCGGUGUUCAUUUAUCCCGCAGUGUUGCAUCCCAAAUCACGUGGCUCGGUUACACUCGCUUCCAACGAUCCUCUUGACGCUCCACUCAUGACCGCCAACUACUUAUCCGUGGAACAUGAUGUAAACACGCUGGUUGAAGCCAUCAAAUUUGGCAUAAAAUUGUCGGAAACUCCUGCUCUACAGAAAUACAAUUUGACGCUGGCUACCAGCGCAAUAUCCGCAUGUGCAUCAUACGACUUCGCCACGGAUGAAUACUGGGCAUGUGCUGUACGAUACAAUACUGGACCCGAGAAUCAUCAAGCGGGCUCUUGUAAAAUGGGUCCAGCAAACGAUACCUUGGCUGUGGUAGACAACGAAUUGCGAGUGUAUGGCGUACAGGGCCUUCGUGUUAUGGACACAUCCAUUAUGCCAGCUGUAACUUCGGGCAAUACGCAUGCGCCAGCUAUAAUGAUCGCAGAGAAGGGUGUCGACCACAUCAAGCGUUCCUGGGGUGUCGUAAGUGCACAACCACAGCCGCAACAAGAUAUAAUAACCUUCUUUGAAAGUUGAAGGAAAGAGAAGAGAUAGGAUUUGAAAAUUUAUUGGAUGCAAAUUAUUCUAUUGCCGAUAUAAAAUUUGUUUACUAUUCUUGCUUUGAAAAUGCUUUAUAUAAAUUUUCAUCAUUCUGACACUUUACCGCGUUUCAUUGCUUUCCCGAACAAUUUUGCAUGCAUUUUUGGUUGAGAAUUGCAAUGAAAUGCGUGUAAAGCAUAGCAGGCUGUAUAUAUGUAAAUA